AUGAAGCAAUGCUUGAAAGUGUCUCGAUCAGCGCCCAUUUGCCAUGUCACUCCACGAGAACAGCUCAAUGAGAACACCGCUUACAUUGAUGGAUCGAUGAUCUAUGGAUCAUCUCCGACAGAUUUGCUCAAGUUCAGGGAAGGCAGAACUGGAUUCCUGAAGAUGAAUCGGUUUAACAACCAAGUUGUUCUCCCCUUUGAUCAGUCAAAAUGCCCUCACAAGGACAAAUGCACAGCUUCGUUCACCGCCGGAGAUAUUCGAGCCAACCUCUUUAUUGGACUCAGUAGUCUGCAUAUCCUUUUCGCGAGAGAACAUAACAGGUUAGGAUUUCUGGGUUAG